AUGCUUUCUCGUCUCGCGCCCGCCGUCCGCUCGCGCCCGGCGGCCGCAGCCCUGCCCGUCUCCCGCUCCCUUGCCGCUCUCACCACGCGCCUCUCGUCCACGCGAGCCCCCGCGCUGGCCGACGUCCCACCCGAUGGCGCUGCCAGCUUCGACGCGAAGCAGGCCCAGUUCCGCCAGCAGCUGAGGGAGCAGGCGGCCAAGAAGCGGGAGCGCGAAGAGAGUAGGUCCCCUAACGGCGGUCAUGUGUCUGCGUCUGUACCCAACGAGCAAUCUGGUUCUCCCUCGUCUUCUUCCUCUUCUGUUGGUAAAGCUACUGGCUCACUUGCAUCCAACCUCACAGGAGAAGCAAAGGCCCGCGAGGAGUCGCAGGAGGGCGCCAAGUCCGAGGGCAAGCUGUCGAGGCUCAUCUAUGGCACCACCGAGGGCCGCAACCUCGAUCGCGACAUGGAGCGCAGCUUUUCGCAGGUCCUGGCUCGCGGCAAAUACGUCCAUUCGAUUGUCUUCCACGAGGUCAAGCCCGACAAGGUGGAUGAAUACGUCAAGCUCGUGGGCGAGUGGUACCCGAAGAUGGCAUCCUUGCCGGAGAACAAGGUGCACUUGGUCGGCAGCUGGAGGACUGAGGUCGGAGAUUGCGACACUUUCGUCCACAUCUGGGAGUACCAGCGGUACCAGGGCUACCACGCCUCGCUGCACAACAUCCAGUCGCACCCCGGAUUCCCCGAGUUUGAUUCCAAGCUGAAGAAGCUUAUCCAUUCGAAGCGCACGUCUCUGAUGCAAGAGUUCUCGUUUUGGCCGACGACGCCGCCCCGCUCACUCGGCGGUGUGUUCGAACUUCGCUCAUACACGCUGCACCCUGGCAACCUGUUGGAGUGGGAGACGCACUGGAGGCGCGGCCUCAAGGCGAGGCGCGAGGUCAUGGAGGGCGUCGGUGCCUGGUUCGUCCAAAUUGGAGACCUGAACACGGUGCACCACCUUUGGCAGUUUGCCAACCUGGAGGAGCGCAAGAGGCGCCGUGAAGAGAGCUGGAGCGUCGAGGGUUGGGGCGAGACGGUCCACAAGACGGUGCCGCUCAUCCAAACGAUGAAGAGCCGCAUCCUGAUUCCGAUGAAGUGGAGCCCUGUCUCGUAA